UGUAAACAGCACACACAUCUCUCCGACACUGGCACAUUACAUCACAUACAGUUUUGCAGUGUCUUCGUUCACUGACGGAGAACAGCUUUGCUUUACUCUUGACUGUGGCUGCAAAUGGAAAUGUAUAAAAUACUCCUUUUGACAGUGGCAGUCAUUGCACCAGUAACAUCUCAAAAUGCAACUGAUGAACCUAUAUUUACGAUUCCUCAGCCUGAAAUAAUCCCAAAUCCAGCUCAUAAAGUGUUGUACAGCACAGAAAAAGUGAGUCUGCAAUGUAGCGUCAGUGAAUCAAUACCUGAUUUACAGUAUGAAUGGUUCAAGGACUCAUCUCCUCUAAACUCUCCAACUGAUAAAUCCACCAUUACUGUGAAUGCCGGUGGAACAUAUGAAUGCAGGGCGAAGAAGAGAUCUUCCGUGUCCGACAAAAGCAAUCCGUACAGUUUUACUUUACAAGCAAUCCCAACACCAAAACUUACCUUGGAACCAAAAUGGACAGAAAUCUACCCAUCUGAAAAAGUCACUCUGAGCUGUGAGAUUCAGGGCAGCUCGGAUACCUGGACUUACAGAUGGUUUAAAAAUAAUGAAGAUUUAGGAGAAACAAACCCUACUCUAACCAUCACAGCAAAGAGUUCAUCUGACUCUGGAGAAUAUGCAUGUAAAGGAAAAAUUAAUGGCAGAUCGGUUAUUACCCAACAGAGUAAUGUAUUCCAACUAAACGUAAGAGAUCCCCUGCCCAAACCGCGUUUAACCCAGACCCCAGAUUUCCAAGUGAUUUACACAGGAGAAAAACUAACAUUUAAUUGUAAAUCCGAGGUGCAGUCAUCAGGCUGGGAAUAUCUCUUCUUUAGAAAUUCAAACCAGAUUAAAACUGACACCAGCGCAAACAGUUUUUCUGUCACAUCAGCACAAGUGCAAGACAGUGGAAAAUACUGGUGUCAAACCAAACGAAUAACUCUUACCUCUGGCCAAAGUGAUGAACGCACAGUAACUGUCAAAGACCCUCCCAGUGUUAAAGUCGUGUCAGACUGGACAGAUGCUUUCCCUGGUGAAACAGUGACUUUACAGUGUGUGAUUCAAGAUACAUCAGAAAAAUGGACUUAUACGUGGUUCAAGGAUAGAAACAUUGUCUCUAGUGGUCCUGACACACAGAUAAAUGGGAACACUCUGUCAAUCUCUGUUAAACCUGGCCAAAGUGGGACAUACACAUAUGUUUGUCAAGCUGAGCUGGAGGGCAGGUCGGUGAAGACUAAAGAAAGCUCAUCACAUUCGUUUAAAGUUCAUGAAUCCAUGCCAACAAUCACUUUGAAGCAAGAUCCAGAAUACCCAGCGAUCUACACUGAGGAACAGGUCAGAUUUACCUGUAGCAUUACAGAGCAGACAUCUCCUUCCUGGACAUAUCAGUGGAAAAAAGACAAUACUGAGGUCAGCAGUGGCGGUCAGACUUACACUAUCUCAAGUGCUACAAUGCUUCACAAAGGAUCCUACACGUGUCAUAUAAGCAGAAAUGGGGUCCCAUUUUCAUCUGAACCAAAAAAACUGACCAUAAUCGAGCCACCUCAACCACAACUGUCCAAAGAGCCUCAAUGGGAUUUAUUUUACCCGACUGAAAAGGUGACUCUGACGUGUUCAAUCAAUGAAAAUCCAAAUGAUUGGGAAUAUGAAUGGUACAAAAACGAAAUUAAGCUCUCCAAAGACAAUGACAUCUCCAUAUCUGAAAAAACACUUUCAAUAAACUCUGCAAAGUCAAGUCACUCUGGAAGUUAUACGUGCAAAGCAAAACAUCUACAGAGAUCUCCAGUUACUACAAAAAAAUCAGAGGCCCUGCAGCUUCACAUUUCAGGUUCCAUGCCAACAAUCAGUUUGAAGCAAGAUCCAGAAUACCCAGCGAUCUACACCGGUGAACAGGUUAGACUUACCUGUAGCAUUACAGAGCAAACAUCAACUCAGUGGACAUACCAGUGGAAAAAAGACAAUACUGAGGUCAGCAGUGGCGGUCAGACUUACACUAUCUCAAGUGCUACAAUGCUUCACAAAGGGUCCUACACGUGUCAUAUAAGCAGGAAUGGGGUCCCAUUUUCAUCUGAACCAAAACAACUGACCAUAAUCGAGCCACCUCAACCACAACUGUCCAAAGAGCCUCAAUGGGAUUUAUUUUACCCAACUGAAAAGGUGACUCUGACGUGUUCAAUCAAUGAAAAUCCAAAUGAUUGGGAAUAUGAAUGGUACAAAAAUGAAAUUAAGCUCUCCAAAGACAAUGACAUCUCCAUAUCUGAAAAAACACUUUCAAUAAACUCUGCAAAGUCAAGUCACUCUGGAAGUUAUACGUGCAAAGCAAAACAUCUACAGAGAUCUCCAGUUACUACAAAAGAAGCAGAGGCUCUGCAGCUUCACAUUUCAGGUUCCAUGCCAACAAUCAGUUUGAAGCAAGAUCCAGAAUACCCAGCGAUCUACACCGGUGAACAGGUCAGAUUUACCUGUAGCAUUACAGAGCAGACAUCUCCUCCAUGGACAUACCAGUGGAAAAAAGACAAUACUGAGGUCAGCAGUGGCAGUCAGACUUACACUAUCUCAAGUGCUACAAUGCUUCACAAAGGAUCCUACACGUGUCAUAUAAGCAGGAAUGGGGUCCCAUUUUCAUCUGAACCAAAAAACCUGACCAUAAUCGAGCCACCUCAACCACAACUGUCCAAAGAGCCUCAAUGGGAUUUAUUUUACCCAACUGAAGAGGUGACUCUGACGUGUUCAAUCAAUGAAAAUCCAAAUGACUGGGAAUAUGAAUGGUACAAAAAUGAAAUGAAGCUCUCCAAAGACAAUGACAUCUCCUUAUCUGGAAAAACACUUUCAAUAAACUCUGCAAAGUCAAGUCACUCUGGAAGUUAUACGUGCAAAGCAAAACAUCUACAGAGAUCUCCAGUUACUACAAAAGAAGCAGAGGCUCUGCAGCUUCAUAUUUCAGAUUCCACUCCUGAACCAGACAUACGACAAGACCCAUCAUUUGAGUUUUUCUACACUGAUGAACAAGUCCGGCUUACUUGUAACAUGCCAGGUGCCGCAUGGGAAUAUCAUUGGUACAAAGACUCAGAGACAACAGAACUUUCUACUGCAAAUAAAAAUUAUAUUAUUAAUUCAGCAUCUCUCCAUGACACUGGUGAAUAUUACUGCAAAGCAAAGAGACGUGACUUCUCAAUCAACAGUGGGAAAAUGAAAGUGCAAGUUAAAGAGCCACCUCAACCACAACUGUCCAAAGAGCCUCAAUGGGAUUUAUUUUACCCAAUUGAAAAGGUGAUUCUGACGUGUUCAAUCAAUGAAAAUCCAAACGAUUGGGAAUAUGAAUGGUACAACAACAAAAUUAAGCUCUCCAAAGACAAUGACAUCUCCAUAUCUGGAAAAACACUUUCAAUAAACUUCGCAAAAUCAAGUCACUCUGGAAACUAUAAGUGCAAAGCAAAACAUCUACGGAGAUCUCCAGUUACUACAAAAGAAUCAGAGGCUCUGCAUCUUAACAUUUCAGUUUCCACACCUAAACCAGUCAUACAACCAGAGCCAUCAUUUGAGUUUUUCUACACUGAUGAGCGAGUCCAGCUUACUUGUGACAUGCCAGGGGCCGCAUGGGAAUAUUAUUGGUACAAAGACUCAAAGACAACAAAACUUUCUACUGUAGAUAAAAAUUAUAUUAUUAAUUCAGCAUCGGCCCAUGACGCUGGUGACUUUUACUGCGAAGCAAAGAGACGUGACUUCUUAAUCCAAAGUGAGGGGAAAAAAGUGCAAGUUAAAGCUCUUUCAGCAGCUUCACUGAACCUGGUCACUGAAUUGAGUGACAUCAUCGCUGGAAAUAUCCUGACACUGAAUUGUAAGGUUUUAGAUGAUAAAACAUGGAAUUACACCUGGUUUGAGAACAAUCAGGAGCUGAAUGAAUCUUCAAGUACAUUAAAGGUCAAAUCAACUGAAGAAACUAUUAAAAAUGAAUUUAAAUGCAGAGGGAAAAGGACAGAACGACCGCUGUACUCCUAUUGGAGCGAUCCGUUCAUGGCAAAUAAUAUUUUGUUCAAAAGAAAAAUACUGCUGGCCAUUUCGGGCUGUUUUGUCUGCUGUAUUGUCAUUUUGAUCAUUGGAUGCAUCGUACUGAAAAUCACUCGUAAACCAGAGAAGAAAGAGCCGGUUCGUGAUAACUUGUUUAUCUCACUAGCAGAUUCCAAGAACCAAACUACUUCACCCUUGAUGGAGUACAUGGAGAGUAAACCGUUAGAAAAAGAAUCUGAGGAAAAAGAGGAACUGCAGCUGGAUAGUAUUUCAGUCACUCAUGUUGAUGGUGUGAUAAAGGGUGAAGAUUCACCAUCAGCAGAAACUAAUGGCUUAACAUCUUUUAAAGCAUCCUAAAGCAAUUCGUCAACAAUCAACAUCAAGAUGAAGUUUCUCUCUUUUUUAGUAAGGCAGCUAAAGUAGCACGUGCAUUUUUAAUAAGACUGAAUUUUGUAUUAUAGUAUAGCACUUUGUCUAAGAGCAAUUGCACUAAGUGCUAAAAAAUGCUUAUGUUUAAGACUGUUACAUUUUAAUAUUAACUGCAGUGUUAAACUGUAAAUAUGUUAGAGGAACAGCAUGCUGGCCUAAAGCAGGCAAUGAUUGUACAGUAAAGAUGAAUAAUGGACUUCUGUUAUGCUAAGCAGUAAACAUCUACUGUAGUCUAUAAAGAUUGUAAUACAUCUACUGGAUUUUUUUAUUAUUAUUAUUAUUGUAAUUUAUUUAGAAAUUAAGCAAAAGCUUUUAAAUGUUUCUGCUGUUUUAAGUAAUAUUUCACCACUUCUGAAUGUUUCAUUUGUGAAAUAAAGUUUCACAUAAUCCAUUACAUAAAAAUAUAUUUGGUUGUGUUUGAAACAGCAUACCACAACACAACUCUAUUACUGCAGUAUAUAUGCACUUUGCAUAGUUUAUGUAUUUUUAGUAUUUCUAGACAACGUAUUGCAUUUGCCAGAAAGUUGGUAGAUCAAUUUAGUAUAGUACAGCGUAACAAGUUUGAGGGUCUACUUUAAACACUGGCACAGUACUGUAUAUACUUAUGCCCAAUACUGAGUUAAAUCUAAACUUGAUACAUGCCCAGCACCCCAUCCAUUAGCACACAGGAACACAACUGCUUAUUGCUAGUGAGCUUAUUUUGUAAACAAAUAUUAAUGACAUUUUGUUAAAUAUAGACUCUUUGUGUGUAAAUGUAUUUUACCAUCUGUACUAUCACUUUGUGUGACACUUUUUAAAAGAUAUAAAAAUAUGUAAAUACUGUAUGUUUGGUUUAUAGUUUGAAAAAUUAAAUGUAAGGAUGUGCCCCCUAAAAAUUGUAAGGACUUCUUUUUUGAAAUUUAGCAAUUUAGCAACUUUUUAAACUUUGUUCAUGGGGUGGCACAAAAAUAUAAUUAUACAAACUAACUAUACUUUUCAAAAGUAUUUUAAGUGCCUAAAAACUAUGAUGUAUAAUGAACUAUUUCUACAUUUUGCAAAAAAAUGAAAAUUGUUAAAAUAUGAAAUAAAUUGCUGAUGACACAGCCUACUGUCUGAAAGGUUUUAAUAAAACAUGAUGUGGUUUUAA